AUGAAGACCACGAGCUCCUCAGCCAGGAGACGGGAGCUGGAAGCCAGAGAAGAAUUAGCACGCAUGGAGCUGAAGCAAGCCCAAGCUGCGGCGAAGCUAGCCCGCGUCAGAUUAGAGCUGGCACAGUGUGAAAAGAAGGACUCCGUGGAUGAAGACCAGGAAGACAGAACAGCACAGGUGCAGAACUGGAUCGAGACAUCAGUAAUGGAAUAA